AUGGUGAAGGUGGUGAAGAUGGUAGUGGUGGUGAUAAGGAUGGUGGUGAUGUUGAUGGUGAAGGUGGUGAGGAUGAUGGUGGAGAUGUUGGUGGUGAGGAUGGUGCUGGUGUUGAUGGUGAAGGUGGUGAGGGUAGUGGUGAUGAUGUUGGUGGUGAGAGUGCUAGUGGUGUUGAUGGUGAAGGUGGUGAGGAUGAUGGCGGUGAAGAUCCUUGUGCUGUGGAAUAUGCAGACGGUAGACCCAUCCACGCCUCUCCACACAGGAUCCUGUGACUUAGGAGUUGUACCUUACAAGACACGAGGCUCUGGGACCAAGGACAGUGGAGGCCAGGUGCCUAUGCCCAGCAACAUUGCUGUGACAGACAGCAGACCCACCGGUGCCCAGAGCCACCUGGCCCCUUCACUCAAGCUGAGCCGCCUGGCCUCUGCUGGCAUUUACACUGGCUCCCUCUCAGUCAAGUGGACCUAUUAUUAUUGUUGGAGGAAUGAGGCGCACGGAAUUGGGAAGGAGAGCAGCCGUCCAGUUGCUGGUCUGGGCCUCCUUGACUUUGCCGAGACAUUGGUGGGAGGCCUGGGCGCCCAGACCAGCACUGAGGGGGGCCCCCAUCUCAGGAGGCCCAGGGCUGGUCCCCCAGAUAUCUCCCCUAAUGAGAACUUCCUGCCCUACACCUCCUCCCAGGGGACAGCAGCCUUUGACACUCAGAUCUCCUCUCCUCCUGCCCCAGUGCUCAGCCGGGAGGAUGCUGGGAGCACCAUGCACCUGCUGGGCCCGGACAUCGGGAGGACUCUUGUGGGCCUCUACAUUUCCAGGCUGUGCUACAAGCUGGUGAGGGUUCCUGGUACCUCACUGUCUUCUUCUUCCAACAUUGAGGGCUGCAAGGAACAAGAGGGAGAUGGAGAGAUGGACGAGUUGGAUGUCAGGCUGGGACUUCAGGGCCUUCCUGGGCCUGGGCUCCUGGUGGGCGUGCCGGCGAGCACUGGGCACCCUGGCCUUCACUCAAGUGGCUCCUUCAUCGCCAACCCCCUGGGGAGCCCCUAUCUUCACCAGUCCCCUUUCUUCCAGUCCCUCGUGCCUCCUGACAACAUCUCUGCCAGGACACACUACCCCACCAUGGAGCCAGGGGACACAGACUCGAGGCCAAGCUACAUCACAGUGUUGGGCUACCCUGCUCUGAGGCACAGCUAUGUCACAGCACUGGUUGCCAUGAUUGGUGACCUUUGGAAGAAGGUGCCCAUCUUCAUCGUCCACCUGGGUAGAUGGUGGGGGAGUGUAAGCCUGUUGGUGCAGUUCAUUGAUAAGUAUGAAAAUAAAGUGCCCAUUGUGAAGACAGACAUGCUGAAGGGUUUCAACGACAAGCAUAUGGAGCAAUCCCCUGGGAUCCUGGAGAGAGCUGAGCAGCACACGGAGCUGAAAGUGCCCAAGAAUGAUCUUCCAUGCAAUGAAUUCCUAUGGGGUCCACAAGCUUAUUUUGAAACCACCAAGAUAAAAGGCCUUGAAGUUUUGGCCAAGAUCAACAAUGCAGUUCCCUGGUCCUUCCCUGCUCUGUAUAAAGAAGCUUUGAGAGGUGAGGAAGAGAGAGCCCAGGCCACGACCAAGCAGACACCCCCCGCCCCCCCCAGCGUCCUGGUCAAUGUGCUCGACCCCUUCCUCUGGGGCCUUCGGGCCAAGUACUGGAUCCACAUCUGUGGGGCCAUACUCUUCGUCACCAAAGUGGCAGAUCUAGAAACACACAGGGAGAAGGAGGCCACAUGGAACUUGGCAGACAAAGCAGGCAGCGACGUGAAGGGUGAACUGUGGACACAGACCGAGGAUGGAGACCAGGUGCAGAAGGCACCAGAAGCAUUGCUGCCCUAUGCUAAGUUAUGUCUGCAUGCAGGCCUCAUCUCCACCCUUUGGGCAUGCGUGAUGGUGGCCUGCAAAAUUAUGUAUCAGUUGAAGUGUGUCAAGCCCUCAGUCUACUCUUACAAGUGCACAGAGGGUGGCAACCUCAGCAUGGACCCCAUGCAUCUCUGUGUCCCCUCAGGUGUGGCAAGGAAACAGGACCUCCUGUCUGUGGGCCCAGCCGAGUAG